AAAAAAAAAAAACUUUUUGUGAACCGAAAAAAUAUAUAAUUGUAAAAAGGACUAAGAAAAAGACAAAUUUACGUAUUCAAAACAAUUGAUGCGUUAAUCUGUUUAGUAGUAUCGAAAAAAGGCAACGUUACUAAUAACAACUAUAAUAGUAGGUAAAAUGAGUAAUAUUAUUUUAGAAAGACCGGACGAAACAACACAAGAUAUUGAACUUUUGGAUGGUAAAACAAAACUGAGGAAAUGGUUGAACAUGAAUUUUAGAAUAGAAAUGACAGAUGGCCGGGUGCUCAUUGGAGUGUUCCUCUGUACUGAUCGAGAUGCUAAUGUUAUUCUUGGCGCCUGCUCUGAAUACCUGAAAAGUAGUGAAGGUGUGGCAGAAGAACCCCGAGUCCUCGGUCUUGUAAUGGUACCAGGCAGGCAUAUUGUUUCUAUACAAAUAGAUGACACUACCCCUCCACAGAAAUACUAUUAUGAUGAGUAA